GUAGUGUCAUUAUCGCUGUCAUUGUAAAAUUUUAUCAGUCUUGUAUGAAAUUUGUUGUUAUUCACUAAUAUUAAUUUAAUACGGGCGCUUGCUAAGUCAAUGAAUAAAUAAAAACAUUUUCUUAGCUGCAUAGCUGCAGCUGGACAAAAUUAAAGCUACGGAAAAACAGCCGGAAAUGCAAAUAAUUUGCGGUGACAAAGUUUAAUUAGAAAUUGAAAGUUUUCGGAGGUGAAAGUGUGUGUUGAAAAUUUGUUGUUUAGAAGUGCAAAAAGUUCCAAAGCAGCUAAAUUAUAAAGCGUAAAUAUAAAUCUGUACGAUUUCCCACAAAUAUCUGUUGUUUUAACUAAAUGGAUAUCAACUUUGGUCGAAUUUGCAGCAAAGUGAAUGCCGAAGUGUAUGUAACAAAAAUCGUUUUGUAAAAUUGGCUUUUAACAUCCCGCAGUUACAGCCAACAAUUUAAUACUUACAAGUAUAAUAUCAACAUUCAAAGUUCCAAAAUAACGGAGACAAAGCGUGACGAAAUCAUAAGAUACCUGAAAAUAUGCGAUUCAAUAAGACUGGUUUAGCGACAUUAGCCACAAACCCAGCAAUCAAAUUUGAAAAAGAAGGACUUUUGAUUAUAACAGAACGUCAAGAGGGAUUUUUUCGUCGUGCAGAUGUAAAUUACCCGCGUUGGUGUAAAUUACGAGGUAAUUUAUUAUUUUACCUAAAGGAUCACGAUCCCCAAUCGCCACCAUCUGGUCUAAUCGUGCUUGAAAAUUGUCGGCCAUUAAUACGAAAUGAAGAGCGUGAAUUUGAUGGUUUCGCUUUCAUUUUAGAAUUCGAAGGCAGCCAACCGCAACGCAUCUCAACGCGUACAGCCAAAGAACGCUUGGAGUGGGUGAAGUCUAUACAAUUAGCAUCCUAUGGCUAUUUAGAUCGGCAAAUUAAAUAUUUACAAGAUCAAAUUGCCAUUAAAAUGGGCAAUCGCAUCGAAAGUGGACUGCCUGCGGCGGGCACAUUUACAUCAGCGAGUGAUGCAUUACUUUGGAAUACGACAGCCGAUGGUGAAGGUGCAUCUGCGCUGACAGUGCCAACAACAAAAAGCUCUACAACGAUCAAAGUGGAAGAAGACCUCAGCGAAAUACCAAUUUGUGAGUCUGCCUUAUCCUGUGAUAGUUUACCCUGUGGCGAUCACGGACGACUGCCGAAUACACGCGUCGUCUGUUCAUUGCUCUCACUUGGUAAUACAAUGUUAUGGCGUGAUUUUGCGCGUACCGAAGUCGUCGAACGCUCUGCGAAUCCGCAAUUCUUGUGCACAAUGCGUUUUAAACGAAGUGAUGGCUUCUCAGCGGACACACUGUUGCGCUUCACGGUGUAUGAUGUACGCGAACGCUUGUCACACACCGCUGUGCCACUUGCCUACGCUGAGGUGGCUCUGGGUGUCAUACAGGAUGCUACACGUUUCCGUAUUCCACUGCGUGCACUGGAUGGUGACGGUGGCUUUAUAACGAUCGCCUCGUGGGCGCCAGAGACAGAUCGACAAUCGCCACCACGUUCUACAACACAGGUGUUUGAAGAGCACACAAAAGGCCAUCGACGUUCGCAAUCGCUGCCACCCAAAUUGGGUGUGAAACUAUUUGUACCCUUUCAAGGUCUUCUGCAAGUAGUCUUUGCAAAUCCUUUGACUCACACAUAUCGUUUACACUCGGGUAUGGGCGGCGACAUCAGCGUACACGAGGCGCUGCUCGAAAGUAAAUACAGCUUCACAAUACCUCAACAAUUACUCUCAAUAUGGAUAUUGCGUGAAAAGGAAUUGUUACAAGAAAUCUCAGGUAUGGGAGAAUUAGGUGGCGAAUGGCGUCGACGCCAAAUGGAUUUGCUUGAUAAACAUCUAAAAUUGCUGAAAGAUUAUUCGCAGGCGAAACAAAAUCUACAGCAGAUCACAAAGGAGGGAGGCCCCUAUUUUAAACGCUCUUCUGUAAAGACUGAUGAAUCGCUGGAAUUUAUACCAGUCAAUUUGCAUUUGCAACGAAUGUGGGCACAAAAUGAUACUUUGAAUAAAUCGGGUGUGCUGGACAUUAUAACGGUUGGUGCAUUUACACGCCAUGCUGCCAAAGGACGUACUGGAGGGCUUAUAAAAUUAUUACAAGAAACCAAAGAUUCACCAUCGAAAUUCGAACAGGGCAAUGCAUGCAAAGUGCAAGCGGCCAACGAUGCCGUACAAGCCAUAAAACAGUUGCGCAAAGAGAUCGUUGAAAUAAUGUCACAAUUACUAUCACUGGCGAAGGGUAAAAAUCCCAAAGGUAUGAUGCCUUUAUGCAAUGAGAUGAUUACGAAAACCAAAACAUUAUUAAACAUAUGGGAACCAAGCCUCGUGGAGGACGCUUUUGCGUUUGUUGAACAGCACCGCAUCAUUGAGGAGCCAGACAAUGUGUUGAUGCCCAUGUCACCAUUUCGUAAAAUCACACAACAACUCUGUGCACUCGACUUGAAAUCACCUGAAUUGGAGGAUUUCGCAACACCUGUCGUUGCGCCUCCAGACCUCUGGCCACGCACAAAGACACCCACGGGUUUCGCCGGCUGUGUUGGUCGCCCAUUAAUGCGCUCCAACAGUCUCUGCUUGCGGCCAUCACCCUCGACGAUGGACAUAAAUGCCAUACAUGCAUUACAUCGCACCGUAAAGACAUACAACGAACAGCUACGAAAUCGUGCCGCAGUCAACACUGCUGCAGCUGGUGCUGAGAACGAUGCAGUCGCAGAAGCUACAUUCCAAUCUUUACCCGUACAUUUGAAUGACCCCACAAGCGAUAUUGCAUUUACUGAAGGACACUUUAGCAAGACAGAUGGCAACGACGUUUCAAUGCUUCAAUUAAUUGACCUUGAUGAUAUUGAUAUGGCGCAGUUGAAUAAUGAAAGUCACAUUCCCACUUCGUGCCAAGUGCCAAGCAAUUUCAAUACACGUUAUACAACGCACAUAGAUUCUGAAUUGGAUGUAGAUUACAAUGCUACCGUACUGCAACAUGGUAGUUUUCUCGAUACAAAGAUUAUGAGUUCUUCCCCCUCGGCUAAUUACUAUCGACCCACAGAGGAGCCCGAGCCACUCGAUUUAACACAAUUGAACAUUGAGGCUAGUGUAAUGUGUUUGGUUAGUAAAAUUAAGUUUCUCUGUGGUCGUUGUGGUAGUCCAGCAAUUCGUUUGCGACAUCCAAAAACGAAUAUGAAACGAACUGGAUUCAAACACUCGCCAGCACCGCCAGAUCUGGUAGCUAAUCAAAAUAAGUUGGCAGAAAGCGAAGAUAGUGACAUGGUUACAGCUGCUGAGCAGACUGUCAGCAACGGCAAUGGGCUCAAUUUAGAUCUAACACAGAAUGUUGAAGCGUUGGAACAAUGCAAGGAACAAGAACAUACAUCUGUGACCGAUUUAGAAGGUAACGCGCCACCGAAAAAAGGCAACAAAUUCACGGAUGGUCUCGACUUAUCGCUUACCACAGACUGGGCUUCCGAGUUGCGCCCAUCAAUGCGAAAAUUGCGCCACGCCAUGGAUGGUUUGCUAAAAACUGCUCGUUUAAUGCAUUCUGUGCAACGUCUGCAGCAGGAUAUGAAGCGCAAUAGCAUAAACUUGGAAAUCAUGUAUCGGCGUGAUGUGUGCUUUUCACAAGCGUUGACAGCGCUCAUCGCCGCACUAAUGGCCAAAUUAUGGGGCACUGAAAUUACCGAAAAUUUCAUUAAAAUUCUCAGGGAUUUAGGACCAUUAGCAUACUUCGAAGGUUUGCUUUCGUUGUACGGCAACGAAACUGAUAUGUGGGGUGAUAUGUGCAUCGCUAUUGAAGAUCUCUCCGCAGUGAAUUUCACGCUAACGCGUAGUAAUACGCAAUGCGACGCGCACACGCCAAUUCCUUUGCCACGUGUCACCGGUUCGCGGCAAUCCCUGAAUGUUUUGUUACCCGUGCCAGAACAUGUGUACGCUGUCAUGCCAACGCAGGAGGCGGUCACCUUCAAACUCACACCGGUCUUCUUCAAUAUUGGCAUCAACGAAAAGGCCACUUUGGCCGAAACACUGGGUCAAACACGUGAGCAGCACCGUUCGAAUUGGGAUAAUUUUGUGCGUCUGAAACAGUAUUAUAGUCGUUAUCGCAAAUUGCAACUCGUUACACCAGAUACACCCAGCAAGCAUGAACCGCAUCCACCAGCAACGCAAGCGCUCACCAAUAUACUCAAUUUUAUGGAGGAUCAGCUGCGUUCAAAUGUUUCGAAAAAUGUGAAAAUUUUGCAUUUAGCCGAAGACGCGUGUCGCCUAAUGUCAGGCCUGCGUUUUACCUCAUGUAAAAGUGCCAAAGACCGUACGGGUAUGUCGGUGACCCUGGAACAAUGUCGAGUGCUGGUGCAAGAGUUUCAUUUGCCAGCGAAGAGUGUGCCCUACGUGUUGAGCACUAUGCGCAGCGAUGGAACACGUAUGGAUAACGUCUUUAAAAACAUUGAUAAACGCAAAUACGCAUUCAAUUUGCCACAGGUUGUUUCAUUACCGGCAAUGUAUCGACCACCGGCUGGUUCCUAUGGCAAGGCAGAGACCUAAAAGCGUAAAUAAUACUUGAACGAUUUGAUAAAAUGCAAGGUAUGAUUUUAGCCAUUGAAAUAGGCAGCAAAACAUAAAAUCAGCAUAUAUUAGAAAUCACAUAUUUGAAUAAGAGCCUUGAUUAACCUCAUGUGUUAGUGGAAUUUGAUAGACGUGAUACAAAUUGAUCAAAAGCAAAGAGCCUCAAAUGAAACGAUAAAUUGAAUUGUUAAAUUAUUAUCAUAAAAAAUCAUAGCAAUACGCACAUUUAUGAAUAUAAUCUAUUUUUAAGCUAAGUGAAAUUAAGUUGAAAGAUAUGCAGGCAGCUUGAGUAUUUCGUUUACUUAUUGAGGUUAGUACUUACUGCCUAUUGUUUGAAUUAUACAAAUAUGUACAACAUCGCGUGUGUGUUUCUUAAAUUUUUAGUGAAAAGAAUAGUAUAAUUAAUAAUUUAGUCGAAAGCAAGAUAUAUUUUACAUAACCGAUCUGGCAAACUUAAUAAUUUUGUUAGUGGGUGGCACUGCAAUCAGCUGUUCGAAUUUAUUUAAUUUGUAAAUUUUUAGUAUCGUGAAAUUGUCAUUUUGCAUUUUUAUUUUAAUAAAUUAUUCAUUAUUUAUUAUUAAGAGAGAAAAAGCAUAACUGAUUGUUGGUGCAACAAGUUUUACGAAACAAAAUUUAGUAAAAAAAAGUGCUUUUUAAUUUUAAACGUUUACAAGCUGCAAAUAACAAACUAACAAAUAAUAAGCACAUGCAUUUUUUAGCUAAAGGUUAAUAAUUUCUAAUUUGUUCAAACUCGAAUAACAAAUAUUCUCCCAAAGGUAUUUGAUUUUAACAAAAUCAAUAUUUUAAAAGAAAACACAUUGAUGAAGACGAACAAAUUAAAAUAAUAA